GUCUUUAAUCUGUUAAAAAUAUUAAUAAUACGAAAAAAGUUCUCUUCAUAAUCUGUACUCAGCGGAAGAGCGCUGAUUGGCUGUUCGAAUCACGCAUCCUCUGCCCCGUAAACUAAUUCCCGUACCGUGUGAUUUCAUUCUUAUUAAUUUCCAUACUCAUUGUUUCAACGCCGUAGGGUCGUAUCGUCCCCUCAACCUCAACUCAUUUGAGAAACAAGUACCAAAGUACCAAUUUGACUUGUAUGUAUGAUCGGUUUGUCACCGUUCUGUGUUCCUUUUAAGCCAGCGAAUUGUAAGAUGGAAAUUAUAAAGGGUAAAAGAGAAGGAACUGUAAAGUAUAUAUAUGAUGGUUAUACUUAUCAUUUAGAUAAACGUAAUAAUAUUUAUCGUUGCGCUAAUCGAAAAUUAGCUAAAUGUAACGCUUGUGUAAUGAAGAAAAAUGAUAAUUUUAUUAUCAAACAUUCUCACAAUCAUGAAGAGAAUCCACAGCUCGUCGAUAUUAUUAAGAUGAAAAAUGAUAUGUUAGUUAUGUCGAAAGAAACUGGUUUGCGACCAAAAGAAAUAUUUGAUUUUGUUUGUCGAAGUAAUCCACUUGUGGGUUCACAUAUUACGUAUUCAUCAAUGAGAACAAUUCUGCAUCGAACAAGAAUGAGCUCUUUUCCUCCUAUACCAAAUUCUAUGGAAAAAUUGAAAGAUUGUUUGCUCAAUUAUGAGUCAUUGAAAGAUGUAUAUAAAGGAAAUGUUACAUCUACUAAUAAUGAAAUGGCUAUUAUCUUCAGUACAAAUGUUUUAUUAGAUGCAUUAUCAGUAUCUACAGAGAUAUAUGUAGAUGGAACAUUUUCUGUAGUUCCACAAUUUCCACUUAUUGCACAAUUAUAUACUAUACAUAUUCGUUACAUGGAAACAAGCAUUGCUGCAGUGUAUAUCUUGUGCGAAAAACGGACCACAUCUAUGUAUAACGCUAUUUGGAAAAGGAUUAAAGAAUUAGCACCUAAUCUUGAAAAAAAUCUAGAGUUUAUAAUGUCAGACUAUGAAGUAGCAGCAAUGUCAUCAAUGAAUGAAAAUUUUCCUCAAUCAAAAAUUCAUGGUUGCUGGUUUCAUUUUAACCAGGCUAUUUUGCGCAAGUGGCGUCAAUUAGGCCUUAUAGAAGCUCCAUCAGAUUUAUUGAGCAUUUCAAUGAAUAUACCUUUAUUACCGGCUAAUUUAUUUCCAAAUGCCUAUGUAAUAAUGGAAGGUGUUGCUAAUUCUUUAUAUUCGCAAUAUUCUAAUAUAUUAAAGUUUCUGAAAUAUAUGUCCGAUAAUUGGUUAUCAAAAGCGGAAAAAGUUAGCACUUUUGGUUGCCCUGUAAGAACGAACAAUAGUGUGGAAAGUUUCCAUAAAAUAGCUGCACAAAAACUUCGAAAACCACAUUCAAAUAUAUGGAUAUUUUUAGAUAAUUUGAAAAAUUUAAUUAUCGAUCAAGAAAUAGAUUUCUCACGUGUGCAAGAAGGUUUAAAUCCUCGACGUAUACAUAUGCGUGCAAAUCGGGAAAGAAAUACAAAAAUUGUGAACGCACAAACUGCUCUCAUAGAAGGAAGGUUACCUCUUCAGCAAUUUUUAUAUAUGUUCCGUUCAUUUAACAAGCAAUAUUUACAUCAAACAGAAAAAGAAAAUUUUGAAGAAGGAACAUUACAAGAAGAAUGCAAUAAAGUUCCACUUAAAGAGCUACAUAUAAGGUUAUCAAGAAUUGAUAAACAUAAUAAUUUACAUAAAAGAUUUAAAAAAAGUACAAAUAAUAAAAGAAAUACAAGAGGAAAAUGCUCGUCCAUAAUAAGAAUAUAAUCUGAACAUACUAAAAUUAUAUGUCAACAGAAGAUUGAAAGUGAAAAAGAGGUGAUGAUGAAGACAUUUAUCACAUCCCUUUAGACGAUUACGGUAAUAUAUUUUCGGAUGAAGAUAAUGAAAAUAUAGAUGUUCCGUAUCAUCCAGUGCAACAAUCCAAUGACACACGUACACCUGAUUGCUGUACUAUUUGCUUAGUUGAAAAAGCUGAUCAUAUCUUCGUCUCGUGUGGCCAUUUAUGUUGUUGUGGGGAAUGUAUCUUACAGUUGCAAUCUAAAAAAUGUCCUAUUUGCAAUGUAAAUUAUACGUCAUAUUUAAAAGUAAGAGUUCCAUAAAAAAAGCAAUCCAAAUGUAAUAUUCAGUAUUAAUAGUAAUAAUUUUAUAAAAGCUUUCACACAAAAAUUUUAUAACUUAUGUUUACUAAGAAUUUCUUUAAUUAUAAAAAUAUUUAGAAUAGUUAUUAACAUUACUUAAAUAUCUUUAAACGUUUAAGAAUUUAAUAAAUGUUUUUUCCUAAGCGUUUACACAAAACAAAUCUCAAAUUAUUUGAUAUUUAUCUAAGUGAUAAGAGAAAAACCAAAUUAUCUGAUAGCAAAUUAUCUAAAAUAACUAUAGUUAUUUGUAAAGACUAAUGUCAUAA